AUGCUUCAGACGAUUAACAGGGUCUUUACCCAUAGCACCAGCUUCAAGAGAAGGGGAAAGGGGGAUCAUGAAAACAGCGGAGACAAGUCCCCGCUUAGCGGAAAAUACUCUGCCGCAGGGGAUCAGCGACCAGACUCCCCUAUUCGACUCGGAUCGCCGUCGAUUGCAGCGCUAGGCGAGUCGACGCUUAAGAAGAUCGUUAACCGGUCGUUCUAUGGCGACACGUCGGUGGAGCCGCUUGUCGAUGGGAGGGGGGGAACGGGGAAGGAGGUUCCGACGGAAAUGCUCGCGUUCGAGAUAGGAGCCAUCAUGCGUCGCACGCUCGAAAUAUGCGACUCCAUGUCCGAGAAAAUGCUCUCAUCGCUGCGCGCCAACCUUCAGGCGCCUGGCGUUGUAACUUUAAUCUCCAGCGACCUUAGAGUACUAUGGGGCCUCGCGGGGUACGAGAAGCAUCAGGAGCUGCGGUCCGUCGCGUGCCGCGUCGCGGUGUUGGGUCGCAAGUGCCGGGAAUCGCGACUACACCGACUCGAGCGGCUCUUUGCGCGGCUCGACAGCACAGAUGCCGAUUAUAAGAUGUUCGCCGCGUCUUCCGCUGAAGGGGAGGUGCUUCUUAGGUUCAUGCGCGAGCAAGCGGAGGCGACGAGCGAGCUGAAGAGCGAGAUGGAGUCCAUCCAGGAGCUGCACAGCCGCAUUCAGGAGUACGGGGAGUGGAACUCGCUGCAGGAGAUGGUGACGCAGGGCAAGCUGGUGGAGAAGCUGCAGGGCCACUGCCUCUGGGCGUACCACCUCGACUUCCUCGUGCAGCUGCUCAUCAUAGCAGCAUGCUACGUGCGCAAGAAGAUCUUCGCAGCGUUUGGGCACGGCAUGUGUCCGCCGCGCAUCCGGGAGGCGUGUGUGGGGGAGGCGGGCCUCGCGCUGCACUAUGCCAACGUGGUGGUGCUGCUGGAACGGAUCAUACAACAGCCGGACGAAGUGCUAGGGCCUACAAGGGACGAGCUGUACGAGAUGCUGCGCGUGCAGCUGCAGGGCGCACUCAACUUCACCUCCUUGGACGAGCUCUAUGAAAUGCUUCCGCGCAACAUACAGUACCUGCUGCGCGUGCAGCUGCAGGAUUCACUCAACUUCCAGGCGGAUGGGCGAGUGGAGGCGAAUCUCAAGCGCGGGCUGCUGCUGCUGCCCACCAUGGCGCACAACACCAUCACCUGGCACUCGCUGCACACCCCUGGAGCUGCUCUUGACUCCUCUGAGACGGUGUUUCAAGUGCAGGUGGGUGGUUCGAGGCUGGGUGUGCCAGGUACCUUCUAUUUCACGAAUGUGCAGGCGGUAAACGCCACACUAGUGGACGUGCGCCUCCUGGGCCUGUGCCGCAUCUGCGGAACGUUCUACUUUGCGAAUCUGCAGGCAGUGAACGCCACUCUAGUGGACGUGCUCCUGGGCCUGUGCCGCAUCUGCGGCGUGGAGUCCCCUAUAGGCUGUGUGUCCACGCAGGUGCCGGCCUCCCUCGACUACUCCCAGCUCGUGGCAGAGAAGGUGGCGGAGGCGGAGCGCCAGUUCCGCAAGGCGUGUGGCAUGGAUGAGAGGGACGAGGACUGGUUUGGGGGGGAGGUCACCAAGGUGCAUGAUGACUCGUGCCAGGCUAGACGCGCGCAAACGCCGAGGGGUGGUGAGGCGGCUCCAGUAGCUUCAGCAGUGUCAGUAGUUUCAGCAGCUUCGGGCAGUGUUGUGCGGGAAAAGGGCUUGCAACCCAGUAGUAGCCGGUUCAAGGGGACAGAUGCGUCUGGUCCUCCUGCUGCUGCUGCUGCUGCUGCUGCUGGUGUUGGUGGUGUUGGUCCUUGUGGUUCCUCCUCCUCCUCCCCCUCUCGUCUCCCCACGCCUCCCCCUCCCGCCACCUACUCCCGACCGCGCAUCCCCUCCUCUCGAUCAGACAGCUCCUUCCUGCAGCAGCAGGGGGGCGGAGGGCAGAGAGGGAAAGAGAGCAUGCGAAACAGCGGCGGCGGGGUGUGUAAGAGCCAGAGCUGCAGCCCACAGGCAGACAGGCUCGUGGUUGCUUCCUGUGCUUCCUCCUCUCCUGGUCGCCCCUCCCCUGGCCGACUCUCCCCAAGUGACGCCUCCCCCAGUCGAGCCUCCCCUAGUCGCGGCUCCCCCGGGCAAGCCUCUGGGUGCUUCUCCCCUCAGGGCCUCCCGUUCCUCUCCCCCGCUGGUACCCCCUCCCCUGCUGACUCCCCCCGCUCGUCCCGACUGGGGCGGGGGGAGGCAAGGGGGAACGUGGGGGAAGGAUUGGGGGAAGGAGAGGCCAGAGGGGAGGGGCGGGGGGCAAGAGAGGCGACUGGGGAGGUAUUGGGCGGAAGAGGGGCCACUGGGGAUGGGCAGGGGGAAGGAGAGCAGGAGAGGGAGACACAGGGGGGGGCAGAGUUAGAGGCGGCCACAGGGGAAGCGAGGAAACGGAACAGCAGGAGCAGCUGGGGGUCACAGCGAUGGGGCUUUGGCAAGUCAAGAUCCAUGCGAGUGACCACAGCUCCUCCCGCCACACCUCCUCGCCCCUCCACCCCUCCUCCCAGCAGCUUCUCUUCCGAUCCCAUGCUUGCUGCUGGUGCCACUGAUUGGGAUACCGAAAGCCCUGCUGUUGCCAGGGUUGACGGGAGCCUUUCACCGGAUCAUUCCCUCUCCUCCUCUCUGCUCUCCCCCUCGCUGCUGGAAACCAGGCGACUACGCAAAGCCAUGCAGGGAGGGGCGAUAGUGGGGUGUUUCACCGGGGGUGGGGCAGCAGCAGCUUUGGACAGCGAGUCAGAGGCGGAAGGGGGACGGAGGGCGAGGGGAGGCUCUAGGCCUGGUACAGGCAGGUCUAGCGGGAGGGUGAAGGGCGAGCGAGUGAGUGGGGAAAGGGUGAGUGGAAGAGCAAGUAGUGAAUCAGGUGGCUCAGGGCGCCGAUCGAAGCUGCUUGGGGGUAGCAGCAGGGAGAAUGUCAAGGGCAGUGGGGAUGGGAGCGGGAGUCGGAGUGGUGAUGCUGAGGGAGCGACCAGCAGCAGCACUCCAAGAAAGACGAAGCAUUUCUACUCCCAGCCAAUGCCGCCGCGUGCGCAGUGGAAUGAGCAGAUGGGGGUUGCAACGGAGGCUGACGGGGCCUUGUAA